AUGUGUGAGUUUGACCUUGGAGAAGUUGUCCCGGUUCAUCGGCGUAGUCGUAGUGCAGAGGAUCUCAGUACUCAGAAUUCUCACGGGAAUGAUGAGCCGUCUCCGCCAGCGGUCUCCAAAACCUCAUUUGGUUUAAAGGGACUGUUCCACCGCAAGAAAGACAACGAUGCCACGCCCCCUACAAUAGAAAUAUCGGACAUCUCUGAGCGCAAUGCGCAUCCGGUCUCCUAUGCGCAGAACAUUCACAGUCCACCAGAACGGCCAAACGCUUUCAACCGCGUCUUGCAACAGAUAAGAUCACACCCAGACACAAUGAGGCGUGCAUCAGAGACCAAAGUUCCCUCCAUUACUAAACUAACGACCAUGAGGACAAGAUCCGAUGGCAGCGACAACGACAUCACCAAAGAUGAGACAGGGAAGAUCUCGGGAACCAAGAAAGGUUCCAGUCUCCCGAGAGAUGCUGAACUAAGAUUAAGAGCAGAGUCGGCUAGACCCUCCAAUCGAGAUGACCAGAUGGAAUUCCUUUCCCAUCACUCUGAGACUCUCUGCGCUACACCAAGCUAUGGAUCAGAUAUGGACCAACAAGACGAGACGGAUAGUGUCACAUCCCCAGAUCCUCAUAGAACUAAAGCUCUUAUGGAUCAAACACUGGCCAAGAUUGAAAGGACCAAAGAAGCUAUGAAGGCAGAACAACUUGCUAAAGAUGAGAAUGUAACAGAGUACUUGAAGCUUUCAGCCCAAGCUGACAAGAUCCAAAUGCAGAGAAUAAAGAUGGUCUUCGAGAAGAAGAAUCAGAAAUCCAACGCCACAAUUGCCCACCUUCAGAAGAAGCUUGAAAACUACCAUAAGAAGCUGAUGGAGUUGGAGAUUAAUGGAGCAGUAGGUCCAAGAAAACCCAAGGAGGUUCUGCAUGGCAUGCAGCAGGGGUUAAGGGGAGUGAGAGACAAUAUCAAAGAAGGCAUAACAGGGUUCUCUGGCGGUAUGGCCGACCGGAUUGGUGGCGGGUUAUCUGGACUCACAGGUUUCACACACAGUGCUGCUAGUGUUGUUGUUUCCAAACCGAAGGAGAUUGCACAUAAAUUCAAGAAUAAGUUUGGAAGUGCAGAUAACAUUGAUAACACAGAUGAGGAAGAGGAGGUUGACCAGCCCCAUAAGACUGGUAGGAGUAGUUGGUUUGCUCCUACACCACCAUCAACAGCGAUGAAAUCCAACAGUGAAGGAGAGGAAUCGUCCAGCAUGGACAUGGCAGAGAAUGGUCAUCUAAUGAGAGAGGACUUAGAGGAACAUCCUCUAGUGGGUCGUAUGACGAUACUCCAAAAUAGAAUAUCAGAAUUAGCUGCGUCAGAGACGUUACUGCAGCUCAAAAUAGAAGAACUUAAGGAACAAACCCGUGAGCAAUACCAGUUCUUCAACCAAGCCUUGGCAGAUGAACGAUAUCGAGCAGAACGGCUUGAGGAGCAACUAGCUGACCUUACUGACCUCCACAAUCAUGCAUUAACCAACAUGCAGCAGGAGUUAAGCAGCAUGGAGGAGAGACUAGAGUAUCGAUCAGUGGAGAGGGAACGAGACGUUCUGGAUAAUAUUGACCAAUGUCAGACCAGGGUUUCAAAGAUCGAGUUGGCCCAGCAGCAUCAGCAAGUGAUUACAUUAGAGGGUUAUGAGAAUGCGAAUGCCAGGGCGCUACUAUCCAAACUAAUCAAUGUGGUCUUAUCAGUGUUAGCUGUGAUUCUACUCAUUGUCUCUACCAUUACAAAUACAGUAUCACCCUUCAUUGCCACAAGGGGCCGCUUGCUUACAACCAUCGUCUUUUCCUUCUUGUUCUUCUGCAUCUGGCAAAGGCGAGAGCUCAUAGAAGAACUGACACAACACAUCGUCGAGAACUACAAGCAAUUAUUCUUCAUCAAUAGUAGAACGUGACCCCCGCUUAACUCCCAAGCUCAGUCUACACUCCGUCCGCCACCUAUAGAGGGCGCUAUUCAUCUCACCUAUUUAUAAACUUGAGCGAGUGUAAAAAAAUGCGAGCGUAUCUACUUGAGGAUUAUUGCUUGUCUGAACAGUGGUAUGUCAGCAUGCAGUCUGAUUUCUUCAGAGAAACUCAGUGUGUACUCUGUUAAAGGGACAGUCUGAAAGCUGAUAACUGGAAUGUAAUUGCGUCGAGUUAACGGACUUUAAAUGUAAGUCGCGUAAGCUGCAAAUCUCCCUCGGGUGAUGUGACAGACAAGUGACAUGUACAUAGGAUAAUGUUUGAGCCGGUGUCGACUCGCAAUCCAAAGAAGUAUGCUAAUUUAUAAAGUAAUACAUAUCUGCCAAAGAAACUUGUUAAAUAAAGACUGCUCGUUGUCUGUGUCAAUGUGUUGACUGAUUCUACAAGUAUAUCAACAGUCCCCCCGUCAGUGUUUCAAACAUAAUAAGCAUGGAUCAAGACCAAUGCAUUCAACAGGAAAAAAAACCUCCCAGAUGUGGUUUUCUUUGUAAAAGUAAGUCAGAAAUGUGGAAGCCACUGUGAGUGAUAGAAACUUUGACCAGGCCUUCUUCGACUUGUUACAUCGUUUCAGCAGGAGAUUGGGAAGACUGUGCCAGGAUAUCAUUUGAAAAGUGACAGUGUUUUGGAUCAGGAUCCAGUACAAAGCAGUUCAAACCAGUUUGAUAUGGUUCAUUCAUGACAGUUUUGCAACAAUGCAUGAUGAAUGCACAAGUUAAUGGCUGUUGGUGUUAAUGUCAUUAUUCCAUGUAUACUGGAAGACCCUCAUGCAAUGUGAUCCAAAGCAUGCAAAAUUGUCUUGUGGUUCCAGUCUAAUCCUGUUCAAUCCAGUUCAAUCUAGUUCAGUCCAGUUCAGGUUGGGUACAUUCCCCUCUAUUAACAAACAACCGUACAUUUGUCUAUCAAAUCAAUUAUCGUAUAGAUGAACACAAAUAGUUUCUGGGUGCCACAUUGAAAACAAUAUUAAAAAUAUGACAUGUCUUUGCAAUUAUUUGCCUUCCAUUUUAUAAUCAGAGGCUGCAACACUGAUGUAUUAAUUAGAAUCUUGAGUUUUCACUUGAAGUAUUAAAACUUCAUCUUCCCAGAACUGAUUUUCAGAGAGGGUGAAAAUAAUCAAGUUAGAAGUUGUUAUAAAACUUUAAAAACUUACCCAGUCUCGAUGCCAAAGUUCACUCAUCUUUACUGGUCCAUUCCAACAGUAGGUUCUAUGUUGUGUACACUCUGACUUCAUUGUCACUGCAUGAAAAAAAAAGUAAUAUUCCAGAGUAACCCAUGCUUUUACUGACCUUUGACCUUACUACAUGGAGUGCAAUUCAAUAACAAUUUUCAUACAGCUGGUCAACAAUACAUGCUAAGAAAGGCACUAACUGGUAACCAUUAUCAAAACAAAAUUUUUUUAAUGGUCGGACAUUUUGACCCUAGCAUAGUUCUUUUUCGAAGGCUAAAAGCAUUUUAAAAGAAGGAUGUUGAUCCAAUUUCAUGAACAAACAAUUGUUGCCCAACUGCUUUACUAACAAAAAGUCGUUAAGUACAACAAAAUUUUGCUUACCAGAAUAAACCCAGCCAAACUACCAUGUAACAUGUACAAGUUGUGACUGGUAUCCUGCUCAUUUCUGCUUAGCAGCUAAUUGUUAAGCAAUAUUUGCUGCUUAAGCAGCCCUCUGAAUUGGGCUUUUGUCUUGAGCCUGUUAAUGUUAACUGUUAUAACAGAGUUAUCUUCCGUUAUCAAAUAAUGUGUUUUCCCAAUUGGUUCAUCGAACCUGCAUCUGAAAUGCCGAAAGUCUUUUUAUUUUUUUACUUUAUAAGUCACAAUUUUUAGACUUUCAUUUUAUCAUCGUGUCAGUGCAACGUCAUAUCUUGAUUGGGUAAUAAAUUAACAAAGUACAUGUAUCUCCCACGAAAAACGUUGUUUCUCAGGUGUGUGUGUGUGUACAGUUGAAUUAUUUUAAGCCAAAUGCAACAUCGGGCACUUUCAAAUUGCUUGCAACACAGAUCAGUAAAUGUUGCACUGCCUCGACAACACAUUGUUUUAGUUUUUAAGCCAUUUGGUGUAUAAGUGACAAUGGAUUUGGCAAGUUAAGUGUUUAUGCAUUUUUUAAUUGAAACAUUACAGCUAUUUUGCCGACCUGUGGUUGACAAAAAUAUGCCAAUGGGAGACUUUCUGGGACGAUAGAGGGCAGCAGACUUACCGGGUAAAUCCAUUGUUCUCAGAAUUAUGCGCAUG